AUGCAUGACCGGAAAAGACGAUUUGGAACAAAAUGUUCAUCGUGUCAACGUUUAAUUCAUGCAACUGAUUGGGUAAGACGAGCUCGAAAUUUCGUCUAUCAUCUUGCAUGUUUUGCAUGCGAUCAAUGCAAACGGCAAUUAAGUACAGGAGAAGAAUUUGCAUUGCAAGAUUGUCGAUUACUUUGCAAGCAACAUUAUAUGGAAUUAAUUGAAGGAGAAUGUGGACAACAAAAAACAAAAACAAAACGUGUACGAACAACAUUUGCCGAAGAACAAUUAGCCGUUUUACAAACACAUUUUCAAAUUGAUAGUAAUCCGGAUGGUGCUGAUUUAGAACGAAUUGCUACAAUGACUGGCUUGAGUAAACGUGUUACACAAGUUUGGUUUCAGAAUUCGAGAGCACGACAAAAGAAAUAUCAGGGUAGUAAAAAGAAUCGAACUAGCCGUAAUAGUAAUAGUGGACGAUCAUCAACUGACCUAUGUAGCACACCGAAAAGUCCCAGUGGUGACAGUAUUGAUGGAAUGAUCUUUCCAACAUCCGUCUUAACUAGUGUGGAAGAUGCAAUGGUUGCUACAGAGCAGCGAACAAUUCCAUCAGGUUCCACAUGA